GUCCUCUAUAUGUCCUCGAUAUUGAACAUACAGUGGUCAUCGUCUAAAAAGGAAGUCGGGUCAUAAAGAAAAAGAAUUGCCAAUUGGGAGGGCCAGACCCGAACAACGUUUUUCCGUUGAUAAAUUCGCCGCUUGUUCCCGCCUACGUUGUUGCCCGUGGCCACCGUAUCCUGUCGUCUUCACUUGCUGUCAUUCUUUGAUUUUUAACAGUCGUUUGAAGUUCAGGAUGAACCGCGAGCUAGGAGCGCGUCAACAACAGGGAGGACAGUCUCAAACCCUGAGCCAGUCACAAUCACAAUCACUAUCUCAAACCCAGUCUGUCAAUGGCUCCACCGUGUCAGGCUCACAGUCGCAGACUGCAUCAGGCACUGCUUCAUCGUUUCUAUCCAUCCCCCAAUCAGCUCCUGCUGGACUUCUUACCAUCACCCAGCCUCCCCAGCAGUCGACUUCUUAUUUCAAAAUUGCUCAGAACCAGUUCAUCACGUUUGGAUGGAAUUUCAGUUAUAUCAUUGCCACUCCCACUCACCUGACGGUUUCCGCUGUCUGCGAGAAUGGAAACACAUACCCUGUUGGCCCAACUAAUGGGAUCAUACCCGGAACUGCCACUAGUGUUGUUUGGGAUCCGUAUACCUACCAAACCAACAAUCCCAACCUGCCACUCGCUCAAGCCAAAUAUACCCUGGAGAUUUGGGGAGACGGAGGGCCUGACGCUGUACGCGAACCGGGUGUGCUCACGCCCAAUAGCGCGCUGCAGUUUGCGCUGUAUACGCCGCAGGCUUAUACUCCUAUCAACAGCGGCUGGUCUUGUGCAGGUUGUUCUAGUGCCGUGUCGCAGCACAUCACCCACCCCACAUUCAUUGCUCUUAUCGCCACGUUGAUGGUGAUGUUCAUCUCUGGAUCAGCUCUCCUGCGACGAAUAUAGGAUACGUCGUCAUGCAUGGCUUGUCGCAGUUUGGUUUCUUUUUUUUUCAUGUUUAAGAGACAUUGUCAGUCAUCAUUAGCUUCGCGUUCAUGAACAGUCGAUACGGACCUUUGAUUAC